AUGUCGCAGUUUCUUCGUCAGUUCACUGGAACCUUUUCCAGGCCUUGUGUCUCUCCUGUCCAGAUUGUGCGAUUGAGCCCCCGUCGCCUGUCCUCAACUGGUCCUGGACCCUCGCGCCCGUCCUCCGCGCCUCACAACGACCGCUCGCAGUUCAAGAUCCUGCCCAUCCUCACCAUCAUUGCCAUUGGCUCUGGAUCCUACGUUUUUCUAGUCAAGUCGCGAACUGGCCAAUCGCCCCAACGUCCGUCCAACUAG